AAACGACGCAGCAAUGAAGUGCGCCAUUUUGUUGAGUGUUUUCAGCCUCAUUUGGUGGGCUGAUGGCAUCAAAAUUGAUUGCGAAAACACGGAGGCCAUCAAUGAGGAGCACAUCCACUACUGCUGCAAGCAUCCCGAUGGACACAACGAUGUCAUCGAAGGAUGCGCCAAGGAGUCCAACUUCACGCUGGCCAAUCAAAACGAGGAGGCACUGGUGGACAUCACGGCGGAUCGCGCCAUCCGUGGCACUUGUUUCGGCAAAUGCGUCUUCAGCAAGUUGAACCUGAUGAAGGACAAUGCCCUGGACAUGGAUGCCGUGCGAAGUUAUUUCACUGAUAAAUUCCCUGACGAUCCGGAAUAUGUCAAGGAAAUGAUCAACGCCUUCGAUCACUGUCACGGCAAAAGUGAGGAGAAUACGUCCAUGUUCCUGUCGAAGCCCAUCUUCAAGCAAAUGUCGCAGCAUUUCUGCGAUCCCAAGUCCAGUGUCGUCCUGGCCUGCGUCAUCCGCCAGUUCUUCCACAAUUGUCCGGCGGAUCGCUGGUCCAAGACCAAGGAGUGCGAGGACACGCUGGCCUUCAGCAGGAAGUGCCAGGACUCGCUGGCCACUUUGUAA